AUAUAUCAUCUGUUGAACAGAUAAUAUAAAAUAUUUCUAUGGACUAGAAAUCAAAUUCUUAAUCUAAUAGUCAAGAUUUUUUAUCCAGAGAAAAUGUAUUCCGGGGAAGUCAUUCUUGUUAGUGAUGAGGAUUCCGAGGUAGAAGUUUUAAACAACACAUCGUCAGCUGAUAAAAAUUUAAACGUCAAUAUAACUACAAGAUCGCAGAUUAUUUUUAAUAGCUCUAAAAGCAUCAACAAAGAAUUAUAUAAACUUAAGACUAAUGAUGAUGAUGAGUUCGUGAGUGAUGAUGAUUAUCAUAAUCGUUUGAUGCAAGAAUUAUCAAAUGUUUUGGCUGUGAGUAAUUUCAAUUUUGACCAUCAAAAUUUUUGUCCCAUCACUCCGGACACUGAUGUCCCUGAACCGAGUUAUAAAAACAUUUUUGUCUCUGAGGAUAAUCAGAGUAAUGAUUUAAAGGAUGGGAAUCGUAUACAGAUAUUGAAAGUGGAAUCAUUAAGCGUAUGGGAAGGACAAUAUACAGACAAUCAAUCAGAACAUUACUUUCUACCGGUUGAUGAUGAAAGUAGUGGAAAAAAAUUGGAAGAAAAAAGUCAAACAACUAGGCAUGAACUGGAUAUUUUAAAUAAAUAUCUUCCUGUUGUUCAGCUUACAAAAGUUUUGCUGCCUGAUAACAAUAUUCAUUCAGAAAAUUUUAAUAAAAAGCACUUACAAGUUGACAAUACUAAUGCAAAUAACGUAAAGAAUGCAAAAGUUGCUGUAGAAAUGUCCCACGCUAAUAAUGAUGAUCAAAAAGUUUUUGAAUUUGAAUGCAAAACUUGUCAUAAAACAUUCCAUUCGAACGAUUUACUCAGUAAACAUAUUAAAUACCAUAUAAAGAGAAUUCAUACAAAGAAGAUGCCCUUUGUGUUCUCACAUCCUCCGUAUACUUUCGCUGGAGCAACUUCUCGAGAUCUAAAAAGACUCUCUAAAAAGGAACGUAUCAAAAAUAAGUACUAUAAAUGCUCUUUUUGUAAUUUUAAGACUGUUACUUUACGUUGUUUUAAUAAUCAUUUACGUCGCUUUCAUAAUGAUAAAGCACCAUACACCUGUACGGAAUGUAAUUACAGUAGUACUAAUUUAAGAGCGUUGAAUGUUCAUAUAAAUCAUCACUUUGCCAAAGAAACUAAUCGUUGCUCUCAAUGUACGUACUCGACUGCAUGUAGUAGUGAACUUCUAUCUCACAUUGAAAUUCACAAAAGUAAAGAAUAUAGAUGUAAUCUUUGUAGAUCGGUAUUUUCAAAAAAAGAAAGUUUUAGUAAGCAUAAACUUGACAAUCAUACAGUAUUUCCGUUCAAUCAAACAGCUAAGUGUGAAUUUUGCGAAGAUCAAUUUACAAAUAAAUAUAAUAAAAGGUUGCAUCUGAUGAUUCAUAAGAAUAAAAAAUUUCGUAAAUGCAAUCGAUGUAUUUACAUGACACAGUCUGUAAAACAAUUUCAAAAACAUAUGGAUAAGCAUAAAUUUAAUAGAUUAUUUAUUUGUAAUGAUUGUAGCAAGUCUUUUCCACUUAAGAAGUUGCUGGUACAACAUAGGUCGAAUUUUCAUUACGAGAUUGAUAAUUAAAAUUUACGUUAUGUAAUUUAUAUUAACGUAAAUAGUUUUUGUUUUUUGUUUUUUUAAAU